AAUCCCCCGUAGUGGGUAAGCACCACGACAUGUGGAGCAAGCAAGAUGCCGCUCGUGGGCGCGAGAGGAUUACGUGUGAGUGAAAGGCAAAGAAGAAGCUCGGCACCCUGUUCGAUCCCGCACGAGACGCCAGCGCACAAGACAGGUUAUGUCUCGUCCAACCACACUGACUUCCUUCGAGCCUUCCGGAAUGUGUAUAGGCAGCGUCGCCGAAGGCGUCAUCGGCGACUCGACUUCGUCCAGCGUCCUGGACCCCUUCCCGUCCUCUUUGGAGGUGACAGCGCCCGGGACCCGCCGUGUGGCAAACAGCAUUCAACCCUGUCUCGACCUCACAAGGGCUGCAGCAGGUCUCGCCACGUCUUCCACCGCAAGUGUCAGCAUGACGUCAUCUCAGGUGGCCUUUUUCGGAUCAGCAGCAGCGCCAGCGCCUCGCAUUCCGCUACGCGUUACCGGAGGCAGGAGCGAUGCGAGCCUCGCGUGGGUCCUUCGUCCUGGCACCUCCAAGGUCCCACCGCUCUCCGGGCUCCGGAACAAACGGCUGCGCCACUGCGAAAGCUUGCGUCGUUGGAAGUGUCCCGAGCUGCCGUCGCGCUGCACUGUCGGCGACGUUGCGGUGGCUGCUCAAUGCGGAUGAAACACAGGCAGCAGCGCAGGGUCACGGGCCGCGUCCAUCACCAAGGGCUUCGGCUGCGGUAGCUGCGUCAUCACCGGCGGCUCAGCUGUGCCGAUGCGCUGUCGUAGACUACUGCGCCAGGGAAGGGUGUGCGCGCCCGUGACGCGUACUUUUUUCUGGACGCUUUCGAUUUUAUGCACUCUCACUUCCCGCGGAUCAAGUUCGCGCGGUUCUUUAUAUACCUGCGUUAUCUUUUUGAUUAAAUAAGGAUUUGAUUGUUCA